AGAUCACGCAAUGCCUGGCGCCGGUGGCUGCUUAAAAUGGCGCGCCGAAUCCCCUCGUCAGGAGAGGGGAGGCAGGCCGAGUCCAAGCGACAGAGACUGCCCGCCCCCGGCCUUCCGCAACGUCCCCCGUGCCCCAAGUCCAGGAUACCAGAUCCCGCCGCCGCCGCCGCCGCCGCCAAUAUGAAGUUUUUCCCGGCCCUCCUGGCCCUGGCGGCCUGCCUUGAUACGGUGCACGCCGUCCCCAGCAAGCGCCAGUCGACCAUUGAGCCGGCAGCGCUGCAGGCCUUGAUCACCGAGGCCGGACUCAAGGCCAGCAUCGACAGCUUCCAGCAGGUCGCCACAGCCAACGGCGGCAACCGCGCCUUCGGCCGCCCCGGCUACGACGCCUCGGUCAAGUACGUGACGGACCGCCUGUCCAAGCUCGGCGCCGGCGUGACGGUGCGGACGCAGGACUUCACCGCCACCUACUCGAGCGACUGGGUCGGCGAGAUCGCGCUCAACGGCGCCGCCGCCGCCGCCUUUGGCGUCUGGUACAGCCCCUCGACGCCCGAGGGCGGCCUGACGGCCCAGCUGGUCGACGGGCCCGCGGGCGCCGCCGCCUGCGACGCCGCCGGGUACGCCGGCCGCGACGUGCGCGGCAAGGUCGUCCUGGUCGAGCGCGGGCCCUGCCCCAGCUACGGCGACUCCUACCUCGAGGGCCGCAUGCUGCCGGCCGCCGCCGCGGGCGCUGCCGGCGUCGUCAUCUUCAGCAACCUCCGCAGCACCAGCUCGGCCGGCGGCUUCAGCCGCGCCCCCCGCAGGGGAGACAUCCCCACCGGGUUCAUGAGCCAGGCCGACGGCUUGGCCCUGCGCGCCCGCCUGCAGCGCGGCGAGGGCGUCACCAUCAAGAUGAAGACGGGCAAUGUUCUCGACCGCAGGGUCACGCAGAACGUCAUCGCCGAGACGGUCGGCGGGGACUCGAGCAAGACCAUUAUCUUCGGCGCCCACCUCGACAGCGUGGCCGAAGGGCCCGGCAUAAACGACAACGCCUCCGGGUCCAGCCUCGUGCUCGAGCUGGUCACGGCCCUCUCCAAGCUCGCCACCAGCCCGCGCUACAAGAUCCGGUUCGCGUGGUGGGGCGCCGAGGAGCGCGGCGCGUGGGGCAGCGAGCACUACACGAAGCAGCUAUCGGCGUCCGAGGCCGCCGACGUGCUCGCCUACGUCAACUUCGACAUGGUCGGCCGCGGCCUUUCGGGCGUCUUCGACGGCGACGGCUCCGCCUUCUCCAAGCCCGGUCCGGCCGGCUCGGGCGCCAUCCAGAAGCUGCUCACCCAGGGCUUCGAGGGCCAGGGCCUGGCCGUCACGCCCGUCGAGCUGACCGAGCGGACCGACUACAGGGACUUCUGGAGGAUCCUCAACAAGCCCGUUGGCGGCACACACUCGGGCGUCAGCCAGGAUCCGUGCUACCAUAGAGCCUGCGACACUGCGGCCAACGUCAACAUCACAACCUUGACCGCCCACACAAAGGCGGCUGCGUACGCUCUUGCCGUCAUGGCCAUGAAGGGGCUAGAUGUUUAGAUUCUAUCUGCUGGGAGAGAGUCGCUGUAAUGAAGAAUGCUUGUAGUUACGCCUGGUCAUCAGUCGAUAUAACAUGAUUCGGUUGUCGUCUUUAUCCAACGGAGUCUCUUUUUG